CCUAGACUUGAGGUAGGAAGCCGAGCUGAGGGGCGUGGAAAGAGGCCUUUUGCGGCAGGACGUAAGUGACGGCGUAGGCGGUGCGACAGCAGCUGGAGGGCAGAGGAGGCGGCGCGGCCCGUCUUGUCCUCGCCAUGAGGCCGCAGCAGGCGCCGGUGUCCGGGAAGGUCUUCAUUCAGCGAGACUACAGUAGUGGCACGCGCUGCCAGUUCCAGACCAAGUUCCCCGCGGAGCUGGAGAACCGGAUUGAUAGGCAACAAUUUGAAGAAACUGUUCGAACUCUCAAUAACCUUUAUGCAGAAGCAGAGAAGCUUGGGGGCCAGUCCUACCUGGAAGGCUGUUUGGCUUGCCUUACGGCCUACACCAUCUUCCUAUGCAUGGAAACUCAUUACGAGAAGGUUCUGAAGAAAGUCUCCAAAUACAUUCAAGAGCAGAAUGAGAAGAUAUACGCGCCCCAGGGCCUCCUCCUGACAGACCCCAUCGAGAGAGGACUGCGAGUUUUUAGAUUGAAAUUACCAUUUAUGAAGACAGAGGCAUGAGCAGUGGAAGAUAAACCACAGGAUUAAAGAUCCCAUCUCCAGCUGGGACCCUCAUCUCCCCACUGGCCGACCGCAGAGUGUCCCCUACCUCCUCUCCAGAGCAUCAUUCCUUCGUAUCUGCUGCCAGAGCCACGGUGCCAUUCACUCCAAGGACUGACUUUCUAAAUUCCGCACCUGGAGUGACCUCUAGUCGCUCAGCAUCCACUGUGUGUCUCCAAAUUGUGUAGGACUCUGUAAUCUUCUGAUUAGUUCCUGAGAAAACACAAUGAAGCAUUUCACUUUUUCUUUUAUUCAAAGCCAUUAAUAAAAUAUGCAGUUGGUCAGCCCAACACAGUUUCUUUCUUACCUGCCCCCAGUUCCGGUGGCUCCCGACAUUCCCUGGGCCACUCUGGCAGGUCCCAUCCUCACCAGGGUCCAGCCUCAGCCCCAAGUUAAUGAAACGCUCUUCUCUGGGACUUCGCUGAAGGAUGGGCUGUGUCUGUGGUUUUGCUAAUGCAUCUCCCAGAUGUCAGAGAACUACCAGUUUUGCCAUUUGACUCGAAUCCCAAAGCCCUAAUUCUGCUGUCCAGUUUCUCAAACUGAAGCUCACUGGGAAAAAAAUGUAUCAUGUGACUGGUUUUAUUAUAGCAGUUCCUAAUUAAAGCAGUAUUUAAUGCAAUUUCCAAGGUUUUUUUUUUUCUUUUGAAAAUUUUGUUAUUAUAGCAUUUCCUUGAAUGUUGGGAAGAUAUAUGUGUUGCCUGUUCCCUCCAAAACUCAGCAAGCACAAUAAAGUGGAUGCUAAACCAUCAAACACAUAAAUGUCCCUGCUGUGUCCCUGAAUGUGUAAUAAACAAGUGUAAUAAAUAUUUUAAUUCUAGUUUUGUUAUAAAUAUAACUUAUGAGAAAAAAAUUUGAUAGGAAUAAUACUGUAUAUUGCUAAUUUUUAACUAUCCCUUACGAUUCAUAGAUGUUCCUCAUAUACAGUAUUCACUGCAUAGAAAUCUUACGAUUGGUUCAAGUUCAGUAAGUUAAGGGAUUUCCAACUAAAACUCUCAAGUCGGAGUCAACAUUUCUGGUUCUUUUGGCUGUGCGUUCUUAGUGUUGGGGCUUCUCAGGUCCUUCGUUGCCUUGGGGCUCGAGAGCACUGUAUUGUAUCUGGAAGAAAGUUAAGAAAUACAUUAGGAGAGAAUGAAACAGUUAAAAGUGAUACUUUCAGAGAGAUUGUAGGUGCUAAUACUGGAUUUAACCUUUCAGAUUUAAUUUCUUUUGUGGGUCUGUUAGUUAUUUCAACACGUCCCAUAGGUCUGUGUAAUAUUUUAAUUGUAUAAAAGUUGUUAGUUUAUGGCCUAUAAUAGUGUGUCUGUCUGCCUUUUAAACCCUUUGCAAUAACUUUGCUGAAAUAUUAACACAUGAGUAAAACUUUUCUUAAACAAA